CUAUUUCUUAGUAAACAGCUGCACCAACAAUUGUUGCUGAUUUCUCAUAUUUUGCGUCUCCUAUUUCGUUUUUUGCUUAUCCUAAGUUGUGAAAUCAUUUACUGACAUAUUUCACAAUGGCACACAUGUCUCACAUGCUGUCUCAACAGCCGUCAACGCCUUCUAGUGUCGGCUCCAGCUCAUCAAGAACUAUGUCCCUAAUGGAGAAACAAAAGUACAUUGAAGACUACGAUUUUCCUUACUGUGACGAGAGCAAUAAAUAUGAGAAGGUGGCCAAAAUUGGCCAGGGCACCUUUGGGGAGGUGUUCAAGGCCCGAGAGAAGAAAAGCAACAAGAAGUUCGUGGCAAUGAAGAAGGUGCUGAUGGACAAUGAAAAGGAGGGUUUUCCAAUCACGGCAUUGCGUGAGAUCCGCAUCCUACAACUUCUGAAGCACGAGAAUGUGGUUAACCUUAUCGAGAUCUGCCGCACCAAGGCUACGGCCACUAAUGGCUACAGGUCCACCUUUUACCUGGUCUUUGAUUUCUGCGAGCACGAUUUGGCUGGUCUGUUGUCCAACAUGAACGUGAAGUUCAGUCUGGGCGAGAUCAAGAAGGUGAUGCAGCAGCUGCUCAACGGCCUGUACUACAUUCACAGCAACAAGAUUCUCCAUCGUGAUAUGAAGGCCGCCAAUGUACUGAUUACCAAACAUGGUAUUUUAAAACUGGCUGACUUUGGUUUGGCUCGUGCCUUCAGCAUUCCCAAAAAUGAGAGUAAAAAUCGAUACACCAAUCGCGUGGUAACUCUGUGGUACCGUCCCCCAGAGCUGCUGUUGGGCGACCGCAAUUACGGCCCACCCGUAGACAUGUGGGGCGCUGGCUGCAUCAUGGCCGAGAUGUGGACGCGCUCCCCUAUCAUGCAGGGAAACACGGAACAGCAGCAACUGACCUUCAUUUCGCAGCUGUGCGGCUCGUUCACACCAGACGUUUGGCCCGGCGUCGAGGAACUGGAGCUGUACAAGAGUAUUGAAUUGCCAAAGAACCAGAAGCGACGCGUUAAAGAGCGUUUGCGGCCAUAUGUCAAGGAUCCCACUGGCUGUGAUCUGCUUGACAAGCUACUGACUCUUGAUCCAAAGAAACGAAUUGAUGCUGACACUGCCCUAAAUCAUGACUUCUUCUGGACUGAUCCCAUGCCCAGCGACCUCAGCAAGAUGUUGUCGCAGCACCUACAGAGUAUGUUUGAGUAUCUGGCGCAGCCACGUCGCAGCAACCAGAUGCGCAACUAUCAUCAGCAACUGACUACCAUGAACCAAAAACCACAGGAUAACAGUAUGAUUGACCGUGUCUGGUAGGAAAAGCUCUCACCCAUAUUUUACCAUAAGACUUUCAUUUUCCUCUAGUGUAGGUCAUAGGUUAGGACGAUAAAAGUAUGAAAU